AUGGCUAGCGUUGGAGCGUUUAGCGGCGGCGCUGAGCCAGCGAGCUUGGAGUAUAUGGAAGACCCGUAUUUCGUGCCGCCGGACGAUGACUCCACGCCCAGUUUCGACGUGGCCGUGGACGAGCUGGACGAACUGGAAGAGAUAUCGAGCUGGCCACAUGACGACCCUGAGGCGGACUGGCGCGCUCUACCGGACCUCACGGAGUCCUCCCUGUGUAUUGAGACGGAGUUUUACAUGGACAAUCGUCGCCGACGAUUACGAAUAUUUAGAAAGAAAAUGCGUGAAGUGAGAGUGACGUUCCAGGAUCUUUCAAAGCCUUAUCUUGCCAAAGUGUCCAGUCACACGAAUUAUAAAAAGUUUUUAGGUAUUGCAGUUGGAGCUGAAGAAGCGAUGGCGACAGCGGCGAGCGCUGGCGCGGGCGGUGAGGCGCAGCAGCCGGACGAACUGGCGGGCCUGACGCCCGAGCAAGCGGAGCAGCUGCGCGCCGAGUGGAGCCGCGAGCUGGCCCGCGUCGAGGACGAAAUUGCCACUCUGCGCACCGUACUCCAGAGCAAAAUCCGUCAAAGUUCCGAAUUAAAACGAAAACUUGGCAUCACUGUGUGGAAAGAGAUCACAGAAGAUGUUAACCAGGGUUUGAAAAAUGUGAAGGAAAGCCAAGUUUAUCAAUCGAUAGAAACACGCGUGGCCGCGCUUACACAGGCUGUGACUGAAGCACCCAUAUACCAAAAAACCGAAUCUGUGAUAAAAUCGACGGCGGAGAAGACAACCUCGAUCCUGGGCGGCAUCACGGCGGGCGUGUCCACCAAGCUGGGCCAGAUGCGCAACUCCGACUCCUUCCGCUCCAUCGAGGAACGCGUCGGCACCGCUUACGAAAAUGUUAAGUUACUCCGUGAUCAUGGCGCUUACAACAGUGCCAAAAUAUCGAAAACUCAAUCCCGUAAAUAA